AUGAUGACAACUGAACGUUUUGAUGUAACACGUACCGCUUUAGAACAUCUUGAAUUAUUAAAUAAUGAUAUUAAUCCAUUGACGGUUACCGCACAAUUUCGCUCAAUUUUAAGAAAUCAUAAACACCAAAAUACAUCACCUACAGAAAACUACAAUUAUAUUGAUUAUGUCGUGUCGGAAGAACAACAUCGACGACGAGCAAGAUCUAGAGGCACUGGAGGAAGUGACAGACGAUCGAAAUCAUGUGGAAGAAUUAAAUAUGACACGGACGAUUACGAAAAUGAGUAUUAUGAUCAACAAGAAGAUCAAAAUUUAGAAUUACAAACAAAAAAUGGAAAUGAUGAUACGUCAUUAUAUAUCAAACGGAAUAGUAACAAUAACAGUAACAUUAAUCCACCUAUGAGAGGUUUACUUUCCGAAUCGCACUCUUGUUUUGGUUUAUCAAAAUGGCGAGAUGAAGGUGGUAGUAGUUCAACUGAAGAUAUUUAUCAAGAUUCAGCAGUUGGCUCGGAUUAUAGUGAACCGGCUGCUAUUACAGUUGUUAGUAAAGCAGUAUCAUGCGAUUCAGCUAUAUCGACAACAAGUAAUAACAAAAGUUUUGAUCAAACAUCACCAACAACAACGAUUAAUUCUAACACCGGUGUACAAGAUUUUUACGAUAAAAGACUAUUAUCACAAAUUGAUGAAACAUCGGAAUAUAAUAAUUCAACUACGAAUUCGAGUAUACAACGUUUUUUAAAUAAUAAUUGUUAUCCAACAAUUAACUGGAAACAACUACGUGAAAAACAACAUCAUGACAGUAUUAAUAAAGCCAAAACAUUAUUAUCGCAAAAUUCGUCAGUAUCAGCAACAUUACCGAGAAAGUUAUCGGCAAUGGACGAUUUUAAUCGGUUUGACCAUCAGCGCAACAAUACCAAGAAACAACCGAUAUCUCUCUUAUCUUAUCAUAAAAAUCAGCAACAAUUUCAAAAACGUAUUCAACAAUUUACCGGUACAAGAAUAAGUAGACGCGAUGAACAUCGGCAACAAACAUUACCAUUGAAGCAACAACGUCCAAUGAGACCUCGUGCAUUAACAGCCGAUAUUGGCUCGCUGAUACAACAACAACAGCAACAAGUGCAAUCACCAUUGCAAACCAGUCAAAUAACAAAUUCUACGUUAAAUAACAGUUCAUUGACAACAGUAUCGACCAUUGACGAUAAUAAUAUAAUACGUUCAACUACGUCAACGGAACAAUCGUUUGUCUAUCCGAAUGUAUCGGAGUUGCGUAAAACGUUUGAAAAACCUUCGUCUACAACAACAACACAUCGUGUUCGCACUCCAAAUACUCAAUCAACAUUAAUGAAUAAUUCAGCAAUAUCACCACCUACUUCUAUCAUCUCAACAACGGGUUCACGUUCUGUUUCACCAUCACCAUCGAAUUCUCCAUGUUGUACAACCACAUCUUCUUCAUCACAUUCAAGUGCAAGUUCAGAUGUUCGUACACCAUCUAUUUCACCUACAACUUCUCGACGUCCAAGUUCCUCGUCACGUUAUACCAUAACACGCUAUAAGCCGUCUUCUAUUAGUAAUGACAACGAUGUUAUUAUCCCUCUUGCUGAUUGCGGAAUCUUAUUAAAAUAUGAUAAACAUUCUAAUCAUACAAAAAGUAAAAAGACGCGUAAUAGUAAACCAGCACAAAUACCUCUAAACAAUCAUAUGUCUAAUAGUUGUUAUUCAAUCAGUGGUUAUGGAGAAGAUUCUGAACAAGGAUAUUGUAAUGAGAAUGAUUUAUUAAACGAUUCACCUAUUCAAUUACAAAGUGAUGAUGAAGAAAUUGACUAUCUAAAACACGAUGAUAUCAGGUCAAUUUAUGUGUAA